AUGUAUCAGGAUGAUGAAUUGUUGCUUGUGAUGCGAUCUGCUGCUGCUGCUGCUACCUGUUCACUCGGUACUCUUCUGGAUACCUCAGAUUUCGUUCACUCCACCGACUCUUCCAAUAAUUUGAUAAAAUGUGUUAUAAGCUUUCCGGCAUAUACUCAAGGUCAACGCAGCAUCAGAAGAGUGACAACGAAGGCCGGAGCGCUGAGCAAAUCACCGGCAACGAUUGCCAUCAUGGUUGGCAUUGAAACGGCCUUGAAGCUGGACGAUCUGAACUGUAAGCCGCAAAUCGAAUACGAAAACUGUCCGGUUUGCGGUGAUCGCGUGUCCGGGUACCAUUACGGAUUACUCACCUGCGAAUCCUGCAAGUCAUAUCAAUGUUCAGCGGAUCAGAAUUGCGCAGUGGAUAAAUCAUGUCGAAAACGUUGUCCACAUUGUCGAUUCCAAAAAUGCAUACAACGUGGGAUGAAGGUUGAAGGUUAG